ACCCAGGCGUAAGGGGGCGGGCGGACCCCGAUCCAGGAGGAGGGUGCUGCGCCAUGUUUGCCGGGCUGCAGGAGCUCGGAGUGGCUAACGGGGAAGACUUGAAGGAGACGCUGACCAACUGCACGGAGCCUCUCAAGGCCAUCGAGCAGUUCCAGACAGAAAAUGGCAUCCUCCUGCCCACUCUUCAGUCCGCCUUGCCAUUCCUGGACCUCCAUGGCACCCCCAGGCUUGAGUUCCACCAGUCUGUGUUUGACGAGCUGAGGGAGAAGCUUCUGGAGAGGGUCUCAGCCAUCGCCUCCGAAGGAAAGGCUGAAGAAAGAUACAAGAAGCUGGAAGACCUCCUGGAGAAGAGCUUUCCCUUGGUCAAGGCGCCAUCAAUCCAACCUGUGGUGAUGUGUGUCAUGAAACACCUGCCCAAGGUGCCAGAAAAGAAGCUGAAGUUGGUGAUGGCUGACAAGGACCUGUACAAAGCAUGUGCCGUGGAGGUGAAGCGUCAGAUUUGGCAGGACAACCAGGCCCUGUUUGGCGACGAGGUGUCCCCUCUGCUGAAGCAGUACAUCCUGGAGAAGGAGAAUGCCUUGUUCAGCUGUGACCUCUCUGUCCUGCACAACUUCUUCAGCCCUACUCCCAAAAUGAGGCGCCAAGGAGAGGUGGUCCAGAAGCUCACCCAAAUGAUCGGGAAGAAUGUGAAACUCUACGACAUGGUGCUGCAGUUCCUGCGGACCUUGUUCCUGCGGACACGCAAUGUCCAUUACUGCACGUUGCGGGCGGAGCUCCUGAUGUCACUGCAUGACCUAGAUAUCAGCGAGAUCUGCUCGGUUGACCCCUGUCACAAGUUCACCUGGUGCCUGGAUGCCUGCAUUAGAGAGAGGUUUGUGGACAACAAGCGAGCCAGAGAGCUGCAAGGUUUCCUCGACGGAGUGAAGAAAGGGCAAGAGCAAGUCCUGGGGGAUUUAUCCAUGAUACUGUGUGAUCCAUUUGCCAUCAACACCUUGGCUCUGAGCACCAUCCGCCACCUGCAGGAGCUGAUUGGGCAGGAUAUGUUACCCAGGGAAAGCCCCGAUCUUCUGCUUCUCCUGAGGAUGUUGACACUGGGACAGGGAGCCUGGGACAUGAUUGACAGUCAGAUCUUUAAGGAACCCAAAAUGGAAGUAGACUUGAUUACCAGGUUCCUACCACUGUUGAUGACUUUCGUGGUGGAUGACCACACAUACACCGUCGAUCAGAGGCUGCCUUUGGAAGACAAGGGCCCAGCACCUUACCCCACCACAAUCCCAGAUAUAUUUCCCAAAUUUCUGCAAGAGCACCGGAUCGCCUGCGAGAUUGGGCUCUACUACGUGCUUCACAUCACUAAGCAGAGGAACAAGAAUGCUCUUCUCCGUUUGCUCCCCACCCUUGGGGAGACAUUCAAUGACCUGGCCUUCAGUGACAUCUUCCUGCACCUGUUCACCAGCAACCUCACCCUCCUCAGUGAUGAGUUCGCUCAAGAGGAGUUCUGCACUAGCCUUUUUGAUGACUUCUUCCUCCCCACCUGCUUGAGGAAGGAGAACGUACAUAGACACGUGCUGAGGCUCCUCCUUCACCUCCACCACAAGGUGGCACCUGCCAAGUUGGAGUCCCUGCAGAAGGCACUGGAGCCUCCCAAGCAGGGUGGAGAAGCCUUGAAGGAGCUUUACAGCCAGCUCAGCGAAAAACUGGAGCUCCGCAAGCCCAGCCCUGUCCAAGGCACCGCCGAAACCCCAACUGUGGACUUGCCCCUGCCAGCAGCGGCCCCGCCAACCUCACUCUAGGCUGCGCUUCCCCCUGAGCCUAUAGGACAAAGUUUCUUGUGUCGAUCUCACAGC